UGACUAAGAGGAAAGGGGCGGUAAUGAGGGGUAUUUAGCCAGCUUUCGCUCUUGAAGUUGUAGUCAGAAGUGUUUUGGACUUUUCAAGUGCGUUACAGCUAAAGAACCAGACUUAACGGACACUCGUCACUCUUUGUGACCUCGACAGCCUGCUGACCAGCUUACAGUGCUCAACCGCUGCUGACGUGAACUAACGGAACCACGAGGAGAAGAAACAUAUCAGCUCAACGUCAGAAUGCCAGGAUUGAACAUGGCAGCCAGAGAUGGAUCGACCAUUGGCCGUUUCCACAGUGCCACUGCGAGCAACGGACAUGCGGUUCCUGAGAAGGAGACGGUUGCCGUGGAAGUGCAGCGGGAAGGGGGUUGUCGCCGCUGGUUACGGAAGGCUUGCCCUUGUUGUUGUCGACGGCAGAGCAGCUUGUGUGGUGUCAACAAUGAAGAAAAUGCCACCACAGACAAGGAUAAACCAGCAAUAGGCCCUGAGCCACCCCAACCUCAUACAGAAGACAAGGAGCUGAAGGUGCUGCCUCUCACUGUGCGUUCGCUGGACCUGCUCAGCUCAAAAACAGGUCACAACCGCAAGGAGCACAACACUGACCAGUACCACAGCAACGAGCUCAUCAUUCGCCGAGGCCAGACCUUUCAAAUGGAGCUUGACCUGUCACGACCUUUCAACAUAAACACAGACAAACUACAUGUGGAGCUGAAAACAGGGCCGCUGCCACUGGUGUCGAAAGGCACACACGUCGUCAUCCCUCUAGUGGAGGAGCUGCAGGACUUGUGCUGGGAGGCCAAGAUCGUAGAGCAGAACAGCAACCGGAUCAAGCUGUCCGUCAACUCCCCUCCAAACGGCAUCGUGGGCCAGUACAAACUCACCAUCACCACCCAGAGUCCAGAGAGCGAGUCUGUGAGCACAUAUGACCCCGACAAAAAGAUCUACAUGCUUUUCAAUCCCUGGUGUGAAGAGGACUCAGUAUAUAUGGAGGAUGAGGCUGAGAAGAAGGAGUAUGUGCUGAAUGACACGGGGAGGAUUUACUACGGUACUGAGAGACAGAUCGGAGCUCGAACAUGGAACUUUGGACAGUUUGAUGAAGGAAUUCUGGAGGCGUGUCUGUAUGUCCUGGAGAAGAGUGAGGUUCCCCCAUCUGGUCGAGGAGAUCCAGUGAAUGUGGUCCGAGUUAUCUCUGCUAUGGUCAACUCUCCUGAUGACCGCGGAGUUCUACAAGGGAACUGGUCUGGGAACUAUGUAGGCGGGACACCACCAACAGCUUGGAGCGGCAGUGUGGAAAUUCUGAAAAGAUACCACAGGGAAAGUGGGUUGCCCGUCAAAUACGGCCAGUGCUGGGUCUUCUCUGGAAUCACCACCACGGUAUUGAGAUGUCUUGGUAUUCCUGCCCGCAGCGUGACAAAUUUCCAGUCUGCCCACGACACAGAUGUUUCCUUGACAACUGAUGUGUAUUUUGAUGAGAAUAUGGAGCCAAUUAACUCCCUCAACUCAGACUCAGUGUGGAAUUUCCACGUCUGGAAUGAUUGCUGGAUGGCACGUCCUGAUUUGCCGCCUGGUAUGGGGGGCUGGCAGGUUGUUGACUCCACCCCUCAGGAAACCAGCCAGGGAACGUUCCGCUGUGGCCCUGCAUCCAUCUCAGCCAUUCGUGCUGGGCAUGUGUACUUGAGCUAUGAUGCACCAUUUGUGUUUGCUGAGGUGAACAGUGACAAGAUUUACUGGCAGAGGAACCUGGAUGGCACCUUCAGUCAGAUCCACAGUGAGAAGAAUGCCGUGGGACACUGCAUCAGCACCAAGGCUGUUGGCUCUGAGCAGCGUGUUGACAUCACACACCUGUACAAACACCCUGAAGGCUCAGAAGAGGAGCGCAUUGCUGUGGAAACGGCCUGUCGCUACGGCAGCAAGCCUGAUGUGUAUUCGUCUCCAGCGGCGGAGGACGUGAGCGUGGAAGUGAAGGUGGACGGUGACGGGCCGUGCAUGGGUGAAGACGCCAAGCUGAAGAUUGAGUUGAAGAACAAGAGUAAUCAAGCCCGCAGCACCACCCUCCACAGUCAGGUGGCAGUCAUGUACUACACUGGCGUGCUGAAGGACACAGUGAAGACCGAAAAGAUUCCUGUUGAACUGAUGCCCAAUGAAGAGAAAGUCAUAGACUGGGUCCUGCCCUACCACUCCUAUGAGGACCAGCUGGUGGACCAGGCUGCCCUGAUGCUCACCCUGUCCGGCAGGGUCAGUGAGACUAAACAGGUGCUGGCCUGUCAAACCAGUUUCAGGCUCCGCACACCAGACAUCAGCAUUGAGCCUCUGGGAGAGGCCUUUGUGGGUAAAGAGGCUUCAGCGAAGCUCACCUUUACUAACCCACUGCCAUGCACGCUCCGCAAUGUGGUGGUCCGAGUGGAGGGCCUGGGAUUGAGGAACCUUCAUCCUAUCAAUGUGGGUGAUGUUGUUAGGCACGCCACAGUGACGGUGACGGAGCACUUCAUUCCUUCUCUGGCUGGGACGAGGAAGUUGGUGGCAUCUUUGGACUGUAAACAGAUCACCCAGGUGCAUGGCGUGGUUGACAUCAUUGUGCAAGACUGUCAGUGAUGGCACAGUUGGUGCAGUUACCAUUCCGCACUGUUUCUAUACAGCAUCUCAUAACAUAUAUGCACACUGUCCACUUUAUCAGAAACACCUACCUUGUAUGUGCACAGUUAGAGACUAUAACUUUUUUCUUUCUCCAUAAUUUGUGUAAGUUAUCCUUCAUCCCUUUAUCAGUGGUCAGUUUUAGUCCACAUAGCUACUUAUGACUGGAUAAUUUUGCAAGGCUGAUUAUUCACUCGUACUAGCACAAUACACAUUGCCAUGUCACUACCACAUAUAGUAACAAUGGUCCUAAGGUGGUAUGUUUCCAUUGAGAGACAGGGUAGAGGGGGGUUAAUAAAUUGCACUGCAACAGAAGGGCUAUAGUCAAUAACUAUAAAACAAUAUAGUAGGAGUGUCUGAUAAAAUGGCCGAUGACUGUAGGUGUUAAGACUUCUAAUAUACAGGUUAUUCAGUGUAGUAUAAGUGGGACUGCUAAGUGGCAAAACUGGCUAAGACAGUUAUUGCCAGGAACCUAGUUUGAUUCCUGAUGAUGCCACAAUCAUCCAUGGGUAGGAGUUUAAAAGGCCACCUUUAUGCAGAUGCUUUCUGGAUGGGAACGAUGAAUUGAACCUUAUUGGAGAUGGACUGUUUUUACCAAGGGAGAGGUACUUUACAUAACUGCUGAUGAGAUAUGUGAUUUUAAUCCAGUAUGAAUGUACACCGUCAUGAACCUCCAGAGCUUUAACCCAGGCUGUCCGUGGGAACCUGGGGAAAGAUACCUUAUCCCAUACCAGUCGGUCAGUCAUAUUACAUAAAUUACAUUGCAGAGCCUCCAGCUCCAGUAAGACUUUUGUCUCUCUUUCUCUCCUGUUGAUUUACAGUGGGGCUCACCCUCACCAAAUGGUUGCUGCUGUACAAUAAGAGAUUCACACAGGAAUUAGGUGGAAUUAGAAAUCAUUAACUAUGGGCAAACAGUCAAAAAAUAUGAAAUAGUAUCUGUAUGAGGGAAUCUUUCAGUCAGAAUACUGAACUAUAAUGCUAUAGAUGAGAAUUAUUACAGCGAGAUGCUUAAUGAAUACAUUUCAUGUCAAUUUCUGAGCCAUUAUAGACCUGUAUCACUGUAGCUGUUUUGUGAAGUGCUAUUGCUGGAUAUGCAUGCAUAUUAACAGUAGUGAGAAGUGUGAAAUACCUCUUUGUUAUAAUUAUUAAUUUAAGAAUUUCUAGGAGUUUUGCUUUUGAAAGCUCUUGCAUGCUUAGCCUAAAGAUCUUCAAGUGCCUACAUUUUUGUCAUCCUUUUCAAAAGCAUUUGUAGAAGUGUUAUGAUUUUAUACUUGCAAGCAAAAAAUAUAUACUGUAUAACAAUAUCAAUGCCUCUAAUGUUAACAAUAUAGAGUGAGUAUUAGCACGUUCUUAUGAGAUUUAUAUAUAUAUAUAUAAAUAAUGUUUUUUAAAAUGUACUACUAGGUUGUAACCAUCUUUCACUGCCCUCUCUAAUCCUCUGUAUGUUAAAAAAAAAGAAGUGACAUGAAGGAAAACUUAAUCAGAUGCUAUUUAUGUAACUCUUGACAUUAUUUAUCAACAUGCAUUGUUUUCUCUAAAAAUGUUAUUUUGUUGUUAAUAAAACCACAUGUAAAAUCUUC